AUGGGCCAAACAACUGGCUGCUGCCAGGCAACUGCGGAGGCACAGCCUGUUGAGCAGCUUGAGCCGGUAGUUGCACCACAGGACCAGCUGACACACGGCUUUGUGGACAUUUUGAACAAGGACGAAGUCAGCACGAACACGUUACCAGCAAAGGCUGACGAAGAGAACCUUACGAAGCGAGCUCUCGAGGAAGCAGAGCGACAUCUUCGUGACUUCAACCUUGACAGGGCAGAUGAAGUCUUGGGGACGGCUUUAGAGCAGCUGAGCGAGGCUUCCGCUGAGAGACUUCGCAGCGCUGAAACUUUUCGCCGUGUGCAGCGGCAUUUGGGCCAAUACGAACUGGCCAAGGACAUGUUGGCCAGUGACGAUUUCGAGUUGCUGUGGCAGCAGGAUGGCACCCGAAUGGAAGUGAAGAGGGACCCGUGCUGCCGCGUCUUUGAGUACCGGCUCGUGAUUGAUCUUGAGCAGCCGCUGAGUCAGGCUGUGUCACACUUCGAGGAGGUGGACCUCAUCCACAAGGUUCAAAAGCAGCUGUGCCAGCCGGUGGAAACUCUCGGAAGCGGGUCUCCAUGGCAUAAGGCGUAUAUGAUGUGCUUCAGCAUUGCAGUCUUGCGCAUCGAGGUGCUGCAUGAGUUGUUCCGGUACCGUGACAAGACGAAUGGCGUCCUCUUGGAGGGCGUUUGUACUGAAUUUGACCAUACAGCCUUGAACGUCCCGGCCAAAUCCUGGCGGGCUAUGCGGCCGUGGAACAUAGCGGCAAACCUCUGGAAGCCACACGAGGAUGGAUCUGGCAGGACCACCUUCAUCCACGUUUCCCGUGCGGAAGCUGGGAUGACGUUGGCUUCUUGGAUGCUGGACACGGCGGCAUACUUCGUGGCACGCGGAUUUGCGGCUGACGUUCGCAAAGCUGCUGCCGAAGCCUCUGUGCCUGGUAGCCCAUGGAUGGAGCGCAUCAACGCCGACAAGGACGGCUUUUAUGCUGAACUACGUGAGAUUGAGAAAGUGAGAAGCACAGUGCCUUGGGAUAAACGUGCCCUUGCUGCAUGUACGUUGCGUUGGUAG